CGUUUGUUUUUGCGUCCUCUACAGUUCAUACAAUUGCUCUGCAGCUGCUUGUCUUGCAACUUGAGGUGUUGUUUGUUCAGCGGUUAACUUUUGGGAACUUUGGUGAUCGCGGUGGCACGAUCUUAGUGUUUCUAAGAAGUCGAGCAUUCAUGAUUUACCAUCGCAGUUCAUUAAUAAUUCAGGGUUGCUUAUUUUAAUUGUGUGUGCAUUUAUCUUACAUGUAAGCGCGCCAGGUCGUGUUCGGGUACUACGUGUUUUUGUUGGUUUGCAAUAGCACCGACUUUCUGAAUUAAUAAACAAACAAACAAAGCAAAGAUUCUUCAGAGCUCACUUUUAUUGUAAAGCUGAAAGAUGUCUUCUAAGAUUCUUCUGACUAAUCUACGAACGACCGCAAGCUUCUGCAAAACAUUGCAUUUUUUACAGAGACCCUGGAGUCCUUUCAUAGCUUCUCAACAGAGUUGUGCUAUUCAUGUGGAUAGCCCACCCAGCAUCCCAACCCUGACUACCAGUUAUGCCCAUGGCAUCUCUUCCCAUUCGCUGCUGUCUAGUACUGUGGACCAGUGUCUUAAACACACAGUGGAGCGCUACCCUGACCGUGAAGCUUUGGUUUUUAUGCAAGAUGGAAUGCGCAAGACGUUUGCUCAGUUCUACCAAGACGUGGAACAGACUGCUGCAGGUCUGCUGGCUGUUGGACUGAAGAGGGGUGAUCGCUUAGGGAUGUGGGGGCCGAACAUCUAUGAGUGGAUACUUAUGCAGUUUGCCACAGCCAAGGCAGGGAUCAUUUUGGUUUCAGUGAACCCGGCUUAUCAAUUGCAAGAGGCAGAAUUUGCUCUCAGAAAGGUGCAGUGCAAUGCAGUCGUUUGUCCAACGCAAUUCAAGUCCCAAAAGUACUGUGAAAUGUUAAGGCAGCUUUGUCCGGAGAUGGAGAUGGCCUCUCCUGGAGGAAUCAAGAGUUCAAGACUACCAGACCUACACACUGUGAUCGUAACUGACAGCCAGCAACCAGGAGCUUUUCAUUUGAAAGAUGUGAUGCAGGCAGGAAGCAGCCAACACCUACAACAACUACAAGACCUCCAGAAGAACCUCAGUUGUGAUGAUCCCAUAAACAUUCAGUUUACUUCGGGAACAACUGGAAAGCCCAAAGGAGCCACUCUGACUCAUCACAACAUUGUGAACAAUGCUUAUUUCAUCGGCAUGCGCACAGGCUACAACUGGAGGAAGAAUGUGCGAAUCUGCUUACCGGUGCCCCUGUAUCACUGUUUUGGCUCGGUGGGUGGUGGUAUGGUCAUGGCUGUGCAUGGCACCACAGUGGUUUUCCCAUCCUCCGGGUAUGACGGACACGCCAACCUGGUGGCGAUAGAGAAAGAGAAGUGUACAUUUGUGUACGGCACCCCAACUAUGUUUAUUGACAUGCUUAGUCAGCCUGACCUGGCCAAGAUUGAUUUGUCAUCAGUUGAGGGUGGUAUUUCUGCUGGGUCUCCUUGUCCACCUGAGGUCAUCCGUAAGAUCAUCAAUAUCAUGGGUAUUAAGGAAAUGCUGAUUGGGUAUGGCACAACCGAAAACAGCCCUGUGACAUUCUGCGGCUUUCCGAUUGACAGCGUGGAGCGAAAGACAGAGACUGUUGGAUGUAUUUGCCCCCACACUGAGGCAAAAGUAGUGAACCCUACUACAGGAGUGAUCGUUCCUGUGGGUGCUCAGGGGGAGCUGCUGAUCAGGGGGUACUGUGUGAUGCUGGAAUACUGGAAAGAUGAUGAAAAGACCCAGGAGUGCAUCACAAAAGACCGCUGGUACAAGACCGGUGACAUUGCCAGUUUGGACGCGUACGGUUACUGCAAAAUAGAAGGACGCAUAAAGGACUUGAUCAUCCGAGGAGGAGAAAACAUCUACCCUGCUGAAAUCGAACAGUUUUUGCAUACACACCCUAAAAUUCAGGAAGCACAGGUGGUUGGAGUGAAGGAUGAGAGAAUGGGGGAGGAAGUUUGUGCUUGUAUUAGAAUCAAGACUGGUCAGGAAUGCACCGCAGAAGAGAUCAAGGCCUACUGCAAAGGAAAGAUUGCCCAUUACAAGGUGCCUCGCUAUAUAACCUUUGUUCAGGGAUAUCCUCUGACUGUCACAGGCAAGAUCCAGAAGCACAAACUGCGCGAACAGGCAGAAAAAAUGCUUGGACUGUGAUUGCAAAAGCACCUGUGUUUUUUUUUUUAAAACAGUUACAAGCAGGACAUCAACCUCGGGAAAUUAUGAGUUACUCAAAUAUAUUGAGAUUUCAUUGUUUUAUCAGCCAUGAUUAUAAUUAAACGUUAUGUUAUGUUUUA